GCAACCCAUUACGUGGAUUACUAUAUUGUACAGAAACAUGCUCCGUGCAAAAAGGACUACAAAGUCUCCAUAUGCCAGGCCCGGCCGAGCUCCAGCUGCCACCAAAAAGGCCAAAGCAUCCAGGCCUCCAAGCACCGUGACUCAACCGAACCAGGUCACCACUGCUACAAGCACCGUGACUCAACCGAACCAGGUCACUCCUGACGCCAUACCUCCAGCCUUAUCAAACCAGCCUACAACUUCCUCAGGAAUAGACAUCCCUGACCCCUUAGAGUUUGAGGCAUCGCCAACAAUGCUUUCUACAGUGGCAAAAGUUCAGGAAGCUGGCCCCCCAUGCAGACUAUUAUCCCUGCCAAGUUCCUCUGGAAUUCUGGAACCAUCGAAAUUCGUGCACAGCAAUCCACUUGGCAGAAUUUUGCAACAAGCCAUCGCUGGCAACUUCUGUUUACCCUCCAGGGUUGUCAGCACCAUAUGGCUCCGUUUCUGCAAACCCGCAACAUCGUCCCUCGUCAUGGCUUUAGAGAUCCUUCCAGGCUGCAAUCCAUGCCGACGAACUACAGAAUUUUGCAACAAGCCAUCGCUGGCAACUUCUGUUUACCCUCCAGGGUUGUCAGCACCAUAUGGCUCCGUUUCUCUGCAAACCGUAGGCGCCAAAUGCCAGAUUGAGGAUCGGCGCUUACUCAUUGACACUUGCAAUAAUACUUGA